UUUUCACAGAUGAUCCGUGUAAUUGUGCAUUAAUGUUGAUUUGUCACAUUGUUGUCAAAUUGUUCAUGACAUUCAUGACAGCAUCGCAAUAGGGGGUGUGUGUAAAAUUGCCGUAUCAACAACUCAGCAGAGGAAAUUGUACCCUAGAAAUAGUUUUCAUCAAAAAAAUGGAAGCUCUGUACAGUCUACCGUUCUUUCUCUUUGAGGUGCCGAACUUGAAGCUAAAGCGACCCUCAUGGCUUCACCAACCGUCAGCAAUGACGGUAUUUUCAUUUGUACUGCUUUCUUACUUUCUGGUCACCGGAGGCAUUAUUUACGAUGUGAUCGUUGAACCACCGAGUGUAGGAUCGACAACGGAUGAACAUGGACAUUCGCGACCGGUAGCGUUUAUGCCGUACAGGGUGAACGGUCAGUACAUCAUGGAAGGACUUGCCAGUAGCUUCCUGUUUACGAUUGGAGGCCUUGGCUUCAUCAUUAUGGAUCAAACGCACACUCCAGGCAAGCCUAAAUUGAACAAAAUUCUACUCAUUGCCAUGGGCUUUAUCUUUAUCGUUGUGUCGUUUAUUACAACGUGGAUUUUCAUGCGAAUGAAGCUUCCAGGCUACCUUCAGCCUUAGAGCCUCAGUAUUGGCUCCAACUCAUAGGCGUUUAAGUAAACCGCUAUUCGAAACAAUACAAAUACAAUUUUAUUAUGACAUUGUGCGUUUACAUAUACUUAAAUUA